AUGGGCAGUUCAUCAUCUAUGUUUAACCCGAACGCCAUGAUGGCAGGUGGUUCGUCGGGCUCAUCGGGUUCCAGCGGUACACAGUCGUCUAAUAGCCAGUAUUAUGGAAGUUUUAACCCUAACAACUUGAUGGGAAGCAUGGGUGGGAAUACGUUCAACCCAAACAACGUCAAUGGAAUGAGUGGAUCAGGAUCAUCACAGCAACAAUCAGGCAGUGGAGGACAAUCGGCCAGUGCGGGACAAUCCGGACAGAGUCAAUCAUAUGUGGGACAGACUAGUACUGCUUCUUUUAAUCCAAAUCAAAUGAAUCAAAAUCAAGGUUCCAUGUUUAACCCCAAUAGUAUGAGCGGAUCUCAGUCCGGCGCCUCCUCGUCCGGCUCAAUGUUUAAUCCUUACGUUGCAAAUAGUAUUGGAGGUGGGCCAUCGUCGUCAGGUUCGCCAUUUUCAUCAUCUCAAGCAUCCCCUCAGACUUCAGCUUCUUCUGCCGGAAGUCAACAAUCUGGACAGCAAUCAGCAGGUUCUGUCGGGACAUCUGCAAGUAGUUUUGGGAGUUCCCAGUCUAGUGGAUCCUCCGGUAGUUCCUCUACAACUUUUGGAAGUUCCCAGUCCGGUAGUUCCUCUGCAAACUCUUUUGGGAGCUCUUCAGGAGGGUCCGCUAGUAGUUUUGGAAACUUUCAGUCCAGCGGAGGCAGCUCAACCGGAAGUGUUGGAUCAUCACAGAGUGCAAGCAAUGCAAGUACUUUCGGAAAACCUUCCCAGAAUACACAGGGAAUCAGUCAGCCGUCCUCUAGUCAACCACAGACAACAGGUGCCUCAUCUUCGUCGUUUGAUCCAAAUCAAAUCAAUUCAAACUUAGGACAACCGCAGUCAAGUGGAGGAGGGGGAAGCACCGGGAUUGCACCUCCCUCCAACAGUAUUACGUCAGGCUUGGGUAGCGGCGGGUCAUCGGGUUCGUUUAUACCGAAAUAUGAUCCUAAUAACAUUAUUAACACUGGCGGAAAUUAUGAUCCCAAUACUGCCAACACUGGUGCUGGAACAGGAGGGAAUGCCCCAUCGUUCUCAAAUGGCCAGGGCUUCAACCCGCAACAGCAAA